UUUAGUCAUUCGUAUAAGAGCAGCUCGAACAUCAGUAACUCCAUUAAAGUGGAUCAACGUUGCACGGUGUCACGAUGAACGUGGUAGUGAUACCGUUCUUCUUAGCCGCGCAUCUCACUGUUGAUGAGACGUGGUCGCAUGGACCGGAGUACACGUUUCAGGUUCAGGUGAACUGCACCGCGAUCCCAGAAGAAGGCGUUUAUGGUAGUGUACGGCUAAAUUUGGAGUCGAAAUUGAUCUGCCAACCAUUGAAAAAUGGCGAUUCGUUAAGCUGUCAUUUUGAGGACUCGAAAGCGAACAGUUUCGCUGCUGAUAGUCUAGAUCCAUCGGAACCGGCGACACCAACUGGACAAGUGAAUCGACAGCCGGCUUAUGAAAUCAACGAGGAUCAAUUUGAGAUCAAGUUCAACAAGCGAGGACUAGACGAUCUUAUAGUGAACGAGAACAUUCAGCCGCGCGAACUCGAUAUGGUCAGAAUGAUCGUGGGUCAGUUAAGCGUGGGUGCCACUCUAGAUGAUAUCGGCAAUGACGUGUCUUUCGAUGCGAUGGAGAACUUUACUCAGGGCGAAUGUUAUACGACUUUCAAGAUCGAUAAAAAGCUUGUGGAUCGUUCAUUGUAUGCGAAACCAGCUUACGCGCUUAGACCGACCUUUGGAUUGAAGGAUGGAAAGCUGGUGCAGAUACGAAAGAUCAGGAAUCUAUACAUGUGCGCGCAUAAGGUGCCGUAUUUUUUUGGCAGCGCCGACAGUUUCCGAGAAGAGAGUGACAUUAUAUCUGACGCAAGCUUGUCGGAUGGACAUAUCAUCAUAACAUCGACAGAAUUCAUAUCCGGUACAUCAAAUGUAAUAACAACGAGUAAAAUAACGGAGGAAGUGGUAACAACUCUUUACGAGAAUGUACGGCUCAGGCUCGAAUCGAUCCAACCCGCGGAAAGCGAGCCGCCAGCUGUGAAAGAAGCGGAAUCUGUUAGUAUCUUUAUAGGCAGAUGGUUAAUAGACAACUCGUCCGAGGAAGAUAAUUAACAUAUCAAAAACAAUUGUAUUAUUUACAAAUGCGAUAUACAUGGAUGACGCGUGUGAAACAAGAAGAUAAGAAAUUCUUUUAUUCGAAGUGUGACUUAUCUUAAUUUGAUUUAUCUAUUUCUAUUUAACGUGUAAAUUAGAGUUAUAUUCAGGUUGCAGCAAUGCAUUUUCAUGUUUAAAUUGCAAAAAUUAUCUUGUGCCUGUGAAUGAUAUCCGCGAUAAUUAUAAAUUAAAUUAAAU